AUGUUACAUACAUUGAAUUAUCUUCAAAAUAGUUAUACAACAAUAAUAGCUAUUCCUUUUAUUAACAUUUUUAUUGUUUUAGCUAAUUAUGAUACAGUAAAUGAUGAUAAUGAUACAUUAAAAAUUAUUCCGUAUCUUAAACAGUUUGUUGAUCUAGAUAAAAUAAUUCAGAUAAAAUUUCUAAAAAUGAAUCAUAUAUCUCGAUGGGUAGAUGUUCAACUUAUUCUACAGUAAGUUUUUUUGUUAAUAUUUGCAUAGAAAGACCUGUGUUCUAUUACU